CAAGAAAAUCGGCAAUUCACAAGUUGACUGUUGCCAGGCUGUGUGAGGACAUGAAAACAGAGACAUCCAUGGAUGGAGAGACCUCAGAAGCCUGUGUGAAGAAAGAGGAGACCCUGGAGCUGAAUAUCUACAAGUAUGGAGAUGAUCUCGACAACCCACCUGAAGGUCUCUCCGUUAAAGUGGAAGAUCCUGACGAUAAAGACUAUCUCUACUGUGAAGUUUGCAAAUCCUUCUUCCUCAACAAAUGCGAGGUUCAUGGACAACCCCUCUUCAUCCCCGAUACUCCUGUUCCCAUGGGAGUCCCUGACCGAGCCAGACAAACACUUCCUCCUGGGCUAGAAAUCCAGAAGUCCAGUAUUCCUGAUGCGGGCCUGGGAGUGUUUAAUAGGGGGGAGACUGUUCCAGUAGGUGCACACUUCGGCCCCUGCCAGGGAGAGCUGGAGAACCGAGAGGAAGCCAAGAACAGUGGAGACUCCUCGGUUGUAUACAGGAGCAUGCAGUGUGAAGAAUACGUCGAUGCCAAAAGAGAGACACAUGUGAAUUGGAUGAGGUAUGUGAAUUGUGCCCGUAAUGAAGAAGAACAGAAUCUUGUGGCAUUUGAGUAUCAAGGGGGAAUUCUGUAUCGUUGCUGUCGAUCCAUUAACCCAGGACAGGAGCUCUUGGUGUGUUAUGAAGAGGAGUACACUAAAGAACUCAGUCCUUCACCUACGGGAACAACCAGACAGCAAGAAGUAAAGAACGCUCUGCUGCAAGUCUUUUCAUGCUCCACAUGCCCUCGUUCUGAUGCAUCUCAAAUUUACCUCGACAAGCAUAUCCAGAGAUGCCAUUAUGAACAGUAUGUGGGACUGCGAGAAUCAGGAGAGAUUAAAUAUAAGCUUCAGAUCCCCUCCAAAUGCUCCAGUCGUCAACCAACAUCAACUGAUAUUAUCCAUUCUGAUACUUCCCAUAAUGAGAUACAGAAGGAAAUUCACCACUACUCAGAUUGUGGAAAGAGUUUUAGUUAUCAGAAUGCACUCAAGACACACCAGUGCAUUCACACAGGAGGAGAUCCACAUCACUGCUCACAGCGUGGUAGGAAUUUUACUUACCAGAGUGCUCUCAAAACACAACAGCGCGUUCAAACAGGAGAGAAGCCGUAUCACUGCUCACAGUGUGGGAAGAGUUUUACUCGUCAGAGUCAUCUCCAACGACACCAGUGCAUUCACACAGGGGAAAAGCCGUAUCACUGCUCACAGUGUGGGAAGAGUUUUACUCGUCAGAGUCAUCUCCAACGACACCAGCGCAUUCACACAGGAGAGAAGCUGUUUCACUGCUCACAGUGUGGAAAGAGUUUUACUAGUCAGAAUGAUCUCCAACAACACCAGCGCAUUCACACAGGAGAGAAGCCGUAUCACUGCUCACAGUGUGGGAAGAGUUUUACUCGUCAGAGUCAUCUCCAACGACACCAGCGCAUUCACACAGGGGAAAAGCCGUAUUACUGCUCACAGUGUGGAAAGAGUUUUACUCGUCAGAGUCAUCUCCAACAACACCAGCACAUUCACACAGGAGAGAAGCCGUGUCACUGCUCACAGUGUGGGAAGAGUUUUACUCGUCAGAGUCAUCUCCAACGACACCAGCGCAUUCACACAGGAGAGAAGCUGUUUCACUGCUCACAGUGUGGAAAGAGUUUUACUAGUCAGAGUGAUCUCCAACAACACCAGCGCAUUCACACAGGAGAGAAGCCGUAUCACUGCUCACAGUGUGGGAAGAGUUUUACUCAGCAGAAUCAUCUCCAAACGCACCAGCGUGUUCACACAGGAGAGAAGCCGUUUCACUGCUCACAGUGUGGGAAGAGUUUUACUCGUCAGUAUGAUGAUCUCCAACAACACCAGUGCAUUCACGCCGGAGAGAAGCCGUAUCAGUGCUCACAGUGUGGGAAGUUGUUUGCUUAUUUAGUUACAUUUAAGACCUUCAAGUGCACUAACUCAGAGACAUGGCAUGAUUUAAAGUUGUCAAAUUAAAUAUGGUUAUUACAGUUUUGACUGAAAAUGACCUGUACUCUGAACUUUAUUGUUCAUGUUACACUGGUCAACAAUUUUUCAGAAGUUGUCUGCUUCAGAGAUGAAACUGGCUAUUAUGAAAUUUGGUGUGCUGAAUUAGAAGUGACAGUUAAUCAGCUGAUUGGCUAUGGCUUCCAAGAUUUUUAAGAUUUUAAAUUUUAUACUUAUGUACAUUGUGUAGAUCGUAAUGUUUUAAAUAUAAAUUGUAUAACUAGGUCUCUUCAUGUGUUUA